AUGAGCAGCGACCUUUAUCAACAACUAACCGCUCCGAAUGGAGUCACCUACAACCAGCCUUUGGGCCUGUUCAUCAACAAUGAGUGGCAUCGGUCCAAGGGGAACGAGUUCAUUCCAGUUGUGAGUCCAAUUGAUGAAAAUGAAAUCGUCAAAGUUCACGCCGGUGGCGAGAAAGACAUUGACGAUGCUGUGAAGGCAGCUCGGGCAGCCCUCAAAGGACCCUGGUCAUGUCUUUCUGGAACUGAGCGUGGUGAAAUGAUGCGCAAACUCGCCGACCUCGUUGAUGCUGCCACAAACGAACUCGCCACUAUUGAUACCUGGAACAACGGCAAACGAUUUUCGUCUGCUCAGGGAGAUGUUAGUGAGUUGACAGGAGUGCUUCGUUACUAUGCUGGAUUUGCCGAUAAACGGUAUGGGCAAGUGAUAAGUACAACGGAGAAGAAGUUUGCUUACACCACAGUUGGACCUAUUGGUGUUUGCGGCCAGAUUAUUACUUGGAAUUAUCCCUUGGGAAUGGCCGGCUGGAAGAUCGCUCCAGCACUUGCCGCUGGUAACUGUGUGGUACUCAAACCAGCGGAACAGACGCCUCUGUCUAUCUUACUCUUUGCAGAUAUCGUGAAGAAAGCAGGAUUUCCCCCUGGCGUGAUCAACAUUGUGAAUGGAUUUGGGAGUAAGGCCGGUGCAGCUUUAGCUGCCCACAUGGAUGUUGACAAGAUUGCCUUCACUGGAUCUACAGCAACUGGACGUGAGGUGGCGAGGCUUGCGGCAAACAAUCUGAAAGAGAGUACGAUUGAAUCCGGAGGAAAGUCUCCACUGCUCGUUUUCGAGGAUGCAGAUCUGGAUCAAGCUGUUAAAUGGAGUCACUAUGGUAUUAUGGCCAACCAAGGCCAGAUCUGUACUGCAACAAGCCGCAUCUUGGUAGACGAAAAGGUAUAUCAACAGUUCAUCGAACUGUUCAAGGAGAGAGUCACAUCUUGCAAGAUUGGCAACCCUUUCGAGGAAGACACUUUCCAGGGACCCCAAGUAACCAAGGUUCAGUAUGAAAGGGUUCUGUCGUUCAUCGAGAGUGGUAAAGCUGAGGGGGCUACUGUUGCUCUCGGCGGUCAGGCAACUGCAGUCAAUGGAAAGGGCUUCUUCAUCGAGCCCACUAUCUUCACCGAUGCCUCAGAUGAUAUGAAGAUUUACCGCGAGGAGAUCUUCGGCACUGUUGCUAUCAUUAGCCCAUUCAAAACGGAAGAUGACGCAGUUCGCCGGGCUAACGAUACGAUUUAUGGACUGGGCGCUGCUAUCUUUACGCAAGACAUCACUCGAGCACAUGUUAUCGCGAACAAGAUUGAGGCAGGAAGUAAGUCACACACCCUGGUGUGGAUUAACAGCAGUAAUGACUCUGAUUUCCGCAUCCCCUUUGGAGGUGUCAAGCAGUCUGGCAUUGGUCGUGAGUUGGGAGAGGAAGGGAUUCGUGCAUAUACGAGCAGAAGAUCAGUGCAUGUAAACGUUGGAAACACUCUGUAG